CAGCUGCAGGCCAUGGCUGAACCAGGCUACUCAGACCUGAUCUCCCAACACUACAACUACACCGGUAAGUUCCGCAAGACGGAGCAGGACUCGGGUCUGAAGGCCGACUCCGUGGUCUUCAUCAUCGUGUGCUGCUUCAUCAUCCUGGAGAACGUCCUGGUCCUGACGACCAUCUGGAGAACCAAGAAGUUCCACAAGCCCAUGUAUUACUUCAUUGGGAACCUGGCCCUGUCCGACCUGCUGGCGGGCGUGGUCUACACCGCCAACAUCCUGCUGUCGGGCGCCAACACCUACAAGCUGUCGCCCACGCAGUGGUUCUUCAGAGAGGGCAGCAUGUUCGUGGCGCUGGCGGCGUCCGUCUUCAGCCUGCUGGCCAUCGCCAUCGAGCGCCACCUCACCAUGCUGAAGAUGAAGCUGCACAACAACGGCAACACGUGCCGGGUCUUCCUGCUCAUCAGCACGGUGUGGAUGAUCGCGGCGGUGCUGGGGGGGCUGCCGGUGAUGGGCUGGAACUGCAUCCAGAGCCUGACCCAGUGCUCCACCGUGCUGCCGCUCUACCACAAGACCUACAUCCUGUUCUGCACCACCGUGUUCAGCAUCAUCCUCAUGGCCGUGGUGGUGCUCUACGCCCGCAUCUAUGCACUGGUGCGGACACGUAGCCGCCAACUCGUCUUCCGCAAAGUGUCCAACGGACGCAGCAACGCCAACGCCAACAGCAAGAGUUCCGAGAAGUCGCUGGCGCUGCUGAAGACCGUCAUCAUCGUCCUGAGCGGCUUCAUCGCCUGCUGGUCGCCGCUCUUCGUCCUCCUGCUGCUGGACGUGGCCUGCGAGACGCUCAGCUGCCCCAUUCUCUACAAGGCCGAGUGGUUCCUGGCGCUCGCCGUCCUGAACUCCGCCAUGAACCCUCUCAUCUACACGCUGACCAGCAACGAGAUGCGCCGCGCAUUCCUCAAAACGCUGCUGUGCUGCACCUCCUGCCUCCGGCCCCAGUCCAAGUUCACCGGGCCCAUCGUGGGCGCCGAGUUCAGCCGCAGCAAAUCCGACAAUUCCUCCCACCCCAACAAGGAGGAGGUGGAGUACUCGCCGAGGGAGACCACGGUGGCGUCCUUGGGGAAUGUCGCCUCAUCUUCCUAA